AUGGCGCAUAUUGCUCGAAUCAGUGAGAUUGAUGUGCAAUUCGGCACGAUUCUCGAGUUGAACCCCGAUGCGCUGAGUAUAGCAAAACAGCUCGAUCGCGAGAGGGAUCAGGGUUAUAUCCGAGGUCCGCUGCAUGGCCUGCCAGUCUUGCUCAAAGACAUGAUCGGCACGAAAGAUAAAAUGCAAACAGCAGCUGGCUCCUGGGCGCUUGUUGGAGCUAAGGUUCCUGCUGAUUCAACUGUGGCGGCGAAGCUCAGGGAUAAUGGCCUGGUUAUAUUGGGCAAGACUAGCAUGUCAGAAUGGGCCAAUUUUCGUUCGGUGAACUCGUCAAACGGUUGGAAUGCGCGACGUGGCUAUACGUUUGGAGCAUAUUAUCCUGACCAGGACCCAAAUGGAAGUUCGAGUGGUAGUGCUGUUGCGACUGAUCUGGGGCUCACUAUAUUUGCCCUGGGAACUGAGACCAGUGGGAGUAUACUGCUUCCAAGCGAAAGAAACAACAUUGUCGGGAUCAAGCCAACAGUUGGACUUACCUCACGCUAUAUGGUUAUUCCUCUUAGCGAGCGCCAGGACACCAUUGGACCCUUGGCUCGGACAGUCAAAGACGCAGCCAUUCUGUUGCAAGCCAUUUCUGGCCCAGAUGACAAGGAUAAUUAUACCUCGGCUUCACCAUUUGCAGCAAAGUUGCCCGACUACUUGGCAGCUUGCAAGCCUUCGGGGCUACAAGGCAAGCGAAUUGGCAUCCCUCGAAAUGUCAUUGAAUACUUGGGUCCCGCAGGUGCCCCGAUAGUUGCGGCAUUCGAAAAAGCAGUCACCGUAAUAAGCGCUGCAGGCGCUACCGUUGUGGAUAAUGCGAACUUCACAGCGUACAGUGACUUUUAUGGCAGCCUGAAACCGGCCAUGGUUGUGGCUGCUGACUUUUCGACGAACAUCAAGGAUUAUCUGGGAGAAUUGGAGCGGAACCCGAAUGAUAUUCAUAGCCUUGAGGAUAUUAGGAAGUUCACCCAGCAUAACGCACUCGAGGGUUACCCGUCACGCGACACGGAGGUGUGGGAUCAAACGAUCGCCUUGGGCAUAGACAACACAUCUCCGGGCUUUUGGUCCCUGUAUCAAGAGACUCUUUAUUUCGGAGGGGAAGGUGGGCUAUUAGGGGCUCUUUCUCGUGAUAACCUCGACGCUGUCAUUCUGCCUACUCUUGUAGGAUUCGAUAUCCCCGCUGUUGUUGGUACCCCAGGUAUCACUGUUCCCCUGGGAGCAUAUCCAGAUGGCACACCAGUUGAAUACAACACCCGCGGCGACCUGAUCCAGCGUGCUCCCGGUGUUCCUUUUGGCAUCAGCUUCUUGGGACAGAAAUGGAGUGAAGAAAAGCUGAUAGGGAUGGCAUAUGCAUUUGAGCAGCAGACACUCGUCCGUAAUAAGCUCAAGCGACACUUAAAAGUGGAUAGUUAG